AUGGAAAUGCAAUUAGUAAAUGAGGUUGAAAGUGGGAUAUUCUUUAAAGUCAUGAAAAACCUCGAAAAUUUUGUUGUAAAGUUAAGGGAAAAAUGCUUAGGAAUAGCCAAAAAUAUGAAGAAGUUAGCAAAAGAUGAUCCUAGGAGAAUAAUACACUCCCUAAAAAUGGCAUUAGCUCUUACAUUAGUAAGUAUGCUGUACUAUAUUAGACCACUCUAUGAUGGGUUUGGUGUUUCUGGGAUGUGGGCCGUUUUAACCGUAGUUGUUGUCUUUGAGUUCAGCGUAGGUGCGACCAUAAGCAAGGGUUUGAAUAGAGGGUUUGCAACCUUAACAGCAGGUGCAUUAGGGGUUGGAGCUCAACAUUUAGCUCUUCUCUUUGGGAGGAAAGGAGAGCCAAUAGUCCUAGGCUUCUUGGUUUUCUUAUUAGCUGCAAUGUCGACGUUUACACGAUUUGUGCCAAACAUCAAGAAAAGAUAUGAUUAUGGAGUAUUAAUCUUCAUAUUAACAUUCAGUUUAGUAGCAGUGUCCGGCUACAGAGCUGAUGAGAUCUUAGUGUUGGCGUACCAAAGACUGUCGACUAUUAUUGUGGGUGGUGCCACGUGUAUGAUAAUAUCCAUUUUUAUUUGUCCAGUUUGGGCUGGCCAGGAUCUUCACAAACUUAUUGCUUCCAAUCUUGAAAAGCUUGCUAUAUUCUUGGAAGGGCAUGGAGAACAUUAUUUUAAGGUAAUAGACGACGAGAUGAUGGCAAUGAACACUAAGAUGGAUGACAAGUUCUUACAAAGUCAUAAAAGUAUCCUUUCUUCCAAAACAAACGAAGAAAACUUGGCAAAUUUUGCGCGAUGGGAACCAGGCCAUGGGCGAUUCAGACUCCGUUAUCCAUGGACACAAUAUGUUAAAAUUGGUGCUCUUGCUCGACAAUGUGCUUACCACAUUGAAACUCUCACUGGCUUCAUUAAUACGGAAAUCAAGGCACCAAUAGAAUUCCGAAGAAAAAUCAAGGACACAUGCAUUAAAAUGAGCAUUGAAUCAAGCAAGGCGUUAAGGGCAAUGUCAUCAUCUAUUGAAAAUAUGGUCCAACCAAAUCAAGUAGACGUUUACGUAGAGAACUCAAAACAAGCUGCAAAUGAACUUCAAAACAUACUCAAAUCAAUGAUAAAUGGAUCCGAAAACUUAAUAACGCUAAUUCCUGAUGCAACUGUCGCGUCUAUACUCAUUAAUAUUACCGAUUGUGUGGAGAAAAUAUCAAAAUCUGUUCACGAACUAGCUAAGUUAGCUCAUUUUAAGGAUGUCGAGCCCACGGUCUCGCCAGAAAUAACUAAAACGACAACAAUAACAACGACAAUGAUAACAACAACGACGAAGCUUCACCGAGGCAUUGUAAAUCCAAUGUUUGAUGAUGGUGAUCGCAAUGAGGUCGAAUGUGUAGAUGUUAUUGUAUGUGAUGAUAAAAGUUGUACAAAAGGGGUUACAAAUAAGUGUUCAAAUAAUGUAAAUAUUAAUGUGGGUCCACCACCUAUUGUCACAUGUGUGUGA